UGUCCUUAGCUCCAGCUACUCGACUGUGGCCCUAGAGUUUGAGAAGGUGCAUCAGAUCGCUCCCGUGUUCAACUCGCCCAGGAUGUCGCGGCGGAGCCUGCGUCUGCAGACAACUGGCGGUCUCUAUGGCAACGACAGCCUGACUGACUUCUCCUCCCAGAGCCACAGCAGCGGAGGGUCCAGUCAGAGAGAGUCACGGAUGUUGAGGAGCAGAAAGCAUCAGCAGCAGUCUGCCUCCAGCUCCCUGUCCCUGAACCAGUCCCUGUCCCUGAACCAGUCCCUGUCCCUGAACCAGACGCCACGCAAGACCCUCUCCUUCUCCACUAGCAACACUCCCUCUAUGGGCUGCACCACUGCCAGCGAUGCCUCCCUGCUAUCCUCCAUCCUGGACCAGUCCAGCCUCCGCCAGCGAUCCACCACCACUACUACCACAGACGGCUACUGGGGUUCAGAUCAGGAUACCAGUCUGAAAGGGAGGAGUUCAAGGAUGGACCACAGCUCAACGGGUGCGAACGGCGGCGUCAACACUGUGUCGCACAGCCACGCCAUGGUCGCCAACGGUUACAUCUGUAAAGACUGUUCCAUACACUCUGAGAGGAAAGAAGCUCUCACCACAUACUCCUCCUCUUCCUCGUCUCAGGCUGCCUCUGCUGCAGCAGCUGCCGCCGCCCUUUCAUCCUCUUCCUCGUCUCAGGCUGCCGCCGCCCUUUCAUCCUCUUCCUCGUCUCAGGCUGCCUCUGCUGCAGCAGCUGCUGCCGCCAUCUCAUCAUCAUCAGCCUCAUCCUCCAGUUUAUACAGCACGGUCAAGAGUCAGAGGAGCAAGACAGGUCUCCUGGUGUCAGUCUCUAACGCGUGUGUCCACUACAGCAGACGAGCCCUGACCCCCAUAGUGUCCCUGAUGACACUGCUCUUCCAGAAUGUUCUGUGGCUGGGCACAAGAGCCAGGAGCCACUCAGGAAGAGGUGUCCUGGCGUCCCUCUUAGACAGGGCCAGACGGGCUGUCUCCUCCAGCGCGUCCCGUGUCUCUUGGCUCUUUAAGCAGAACACUCUCCACAGGAUGAUGGGCUACAGGGCCAACGGCUACGAAGGCAAAGCUCACUCCAGUUACUGUGGGAGCAUGAAUGUAAAAGACCACGUGAUGGGAGAUGGACACCACCACUUUUUGAAUGGCUCGUUGUGUGACGACUGUAAAGGGAAGCAGCACCUGGAGACCAACACCCUGGUCCACAGUCACACACAGACCUCCAGAACUCACCGUCUACUGGGGGGUCUGUGGACCCUUAUAGCUUACACAGGCUACUGUCUGCUCCAGCCAGGUUACUAUGUAGUGAGGGCAGGCCUGGCGCUGGGGUCAGCAGUGGGGUCAGCAGUACGCUCAGUGGCUCAGAGACUGCUGUCGGUGCUGUGUCUAGUCCUGGGAGCUCCAGGUAAAGCAGCCAGACGGUUGUUGUGGUGUCUGGGGACAGGCUGGUACCAGCUGGUGUCUCUCAUGUCUCUGUUCAACGUCUUCUUCCUGACCCGGUGCCUGCCCAGAAUGUGGAAGCUCCUCCUCUUCCUCCUUCCCUUCCUGCUAUUCCUGUGGUUGUGGUUCUGGGGUCCGUCUAGUUUCCUCUCCUACCUUCCAGCCAUAAACCUGACAGAGUGGCGCUCCAGAGUGGUGUCCCCCUUCACCCUCUCAUCGUUUAUCCUGACCCCUGCCCUUGUUCCCACCCCCGCCACACCACUGGAGCAGACCCCCACAGCAACCCCCGGCCCACAGGCACAGCCAGUCCUUCCCCCCAUAGUCACCGUGGACACAGAGGGCCUAGAGCGUCUGGAGCGGGUAGAGCAUGGUCUGACCCUGCUGUGGGAGCGGGUGCAGCAGGGGGACCAGAGGCAGGAGCAGCAUCAUGGGGACACCCUGGCCCAGUACACCCUCCUGAGGGAGCAGCUGGACAGCCAGACGGACAGAGACAGCCUGGGUCUCUGGGUCUCUGGCUUGCUGGAGCACAGGAUCACCCUGCUGAGAGGAGAGCUGGAGCAGCAGGAAGCCUCACACAGGGCACAGACUGAAGAGCAGAGGAUUCAACAGCAGCAGAGUCAGGAGACACGGCUAGCUGAGCUGGAGGGGCUGCUGCAGGUCCUCGCUACUAAAACUGAGGCGGUGCAACAGAAACAGCGGAAGGAGGAGACAGAGGAGACAGCCACACCAGCCCCUGCCUCUGUCCCUGUCAGUGUGGGUGUGGACCCGGAGGCCCCUGCUGCUUUGCUGGCGGAGGUGCAGAGGCUGGAGGGGGAGCUGGGUCGGAUCAGGGGCGACCUGCAGGGGGUGAUGGGAUGUCAGGGGAAAUGUGAGCAGCUGAACACAAUCCAGGAAACGGUGUCCGCCCAGGUGAGGCGGGAGCUGCAGGCCCUGUUCUACGGCUCUGACGACCAGACCCACCAGGGAGAACCAGACAUCCCCGAGGGACUCCUCCAGUGGCUGUCGGCGCGCUACGUGAGCGGGGCUGACCUGCAGACCCUCCUGACCAACCUGGAGCUCAGCAUCCUGAGGAACGUGUCGCUGCAGCUGGAGCAGAGCAGGGCCGAGGCCCGGACGGAGGCCGAGGCCAGGGCUGCAGUCAUCAUCACCCAGACCCAGGCUAUUACACAGAGUGUCCAACACACCGCCAUGGGCGGGGGACUGUCUGAGGAGCAAGUGCAGCUGAUCGUCCAGAAUGCCCUGAAACUCUACUCCCAGGAUAGGACGGGCCUAGUGGACUACGCCCUGGAGUCUGGAGGCGGCAGCAUCCUAAGCACGCGCUGCUCGGAGACGUACGAGACAAAGACGGCCCUCAUGAGUCUGUUCAGCGUGCCCCUCUGGUACUUCUCCCAGUCGCCCCGCGUCGCCAUCCAGCCUGAUGUGUAUCCAGGGAACUGCUGGGCGUUUAAAGGUUCUCAUGGUUACCUGGUCAUCCGGUUGUCCCUGAGGAUCCUCCCCACAGCCUUCUGUCUGGAGCACAUCCCCAAGGCCCUGUCCCCUACCGGCAACAUCGCCAGCGCCCCGCGCAACUUCACUGUCUAUGGUCUGGAUGAUGAGUAUCAGGAGGAGGGAAAGCUGUUGGGUCAAUACACCUACCAGGAGGACGGAGACUCAAUGCAGAACUUCCCUGUCAUGGAGAAGAACGAAAGGGCCUUCCAGAUCAUCGAGGUGCGGGUGCUGACCAACUGGGGUCACCCCGAGUACACCUGCCUCUACCGCUUCAGAGUCCACGGAGAACCACGCAUCCAGUGAGGGAGGAACUGCCAGUCAGGAUGAUAUGCAUUUCUCUGCUGUCUGUAUAUAAUACUGGACAUAUUUUCUAAAUGGAGGGGGCCGGGAAAACCGAGACUGAUAUAAACGAGUGACUUCAGCAGUGUGGGGAUGGGUGUUUGAUUUAUGCUAGAAUGUGUCCAAGGGGGGUUUUGUUUUAGUACUGAAAUGGUAAAAGAAUGAAAGAAUGGACUGUAAUGAAAUGUCAGGGAAUGUGAAAGAGAAGAGAAGAGUGAAGGUAGGAGAAGCUCGGGUCCCAGUCCCUCCUUAAAGCUGCUCUUGCACUGAAUUAGCCUCCAGGUCAUAACCCUUUGGUUUUUGGAGGAGCGUUUUCCUCUGCCUCUCUCACUCAACAGGAGCCUGUGACCUCGAGAUGAACCGGGCUUCACACAUCUUUUUAGUUCCUUACACAUCCUGUCUGAUUUGGUUGGUGUUUUAAUCGGGUUUUAUUUUGAAUUGGAUGUUUCUUUGAAAACCCCUUGUGGAUUCUGAUGGAAUUUCAGGAUCAAAGCCACAGAACUGGAUCAAAGCCACAUAACUGGGCCUAAAUGACGUUUUAUAUAGGCCUCACACACACUGGGCCUACAUGACACCGUAUAGGCCUCUCUUCUCUUGAUACAAAGCUACUUCUCUCUGCUGCUGUUGGUUGGUCAGUCUGCAGAGCCAGCUAACAUGGUCAGUGGACACUCGCAAGACACAGACAGGACUACUACCGUUCUUUGGACUCUACAACACUCCUGUUCGCCAUGACUUUAUGCAUCCACACAGCCAUCAAAACUAAGCUCUAUCUCAGACUUUUAAUGAGUUGAUACAUGUGUAUCUCAAGUUAAUAUUUGGUCUUGAAGCUCUGUGGAGUCCAGACUGAGGUGUUAAUGAGAGUGAGACUGACAGCCAAUGGUUUGGCUGCUUCUAGUGCAGCGAGCCAAUGGUUUGGCUCCUUGCACAGUCAUUAUAACAUCCUCUACUAGAGCUUCUACUCUGGAAAAGGGGAUCCUUGGGAUGUCCCAACUCUGACAUCACCCCAUUGAAGUUGAGGUUAGGGUUAGGAUAGAGGUUAGAGUUUAGGGUAGGGCCAUCCCAAGGAUCCCGGAUAGCGCAUAAUCCCUUCUACUCCCUGCAGGAAUGUAAUCUGUAUAGUUCAUUGUUAAUAGUUGGUCCUUUUUUAAGAAUGAUAUUUUAUCAGUGUUGCUUUAUGAAAAAAGGGUACACCUUGUCAAUAUUUCUAUUAUUUGUAUUACCCAUUGUAAGUGUAAUUAUGUUUGACUUUUACAAUUUGUAGUUGAGAAUAAUGACAAAUGAUGCCGGUAAAUGAAAUGUGUGUUGCACAAGUCCUCACAAUUUGUGGAAAAAACUAGAUGGGGUAGCUAUAAAUGAGUUUUGUGUGGACCAGAAAGUCUAAAUGUACAAAAAAUUAUUUCAUGAUCCUAUUUAUUUUUAAGAUAAUUAGUUACUGCAAGAUAGGACUGCAAUGUAUUUUUAUCAAAAAGCUUUUCGGUGCAUUUUGGAAACAUCUUGGGACAGUACAGAUUUGUUUUUCAUUUGUUUUUAAAUGUUUGUUGUUGUUUUUGUUGCUGCUCUCAUCCUGAGGUAGCUAAACCGCAUUUAGAAUAUAUUCCUAAAGAAUUACAUUUUGAGAGCUUUUGAUGCAUGUGAUAUUUUACCUAAUAAAGACUAUUGAUUUUUUAUUUAAA